UUAAAAUCAAAAUAAAAUAAAAUCUUGAAUCAAUCAAAAGUAAACAAAAAAAAAAAAGGAAAGAAAAUGGGAAGCAACACAACAUGGAAGUUAAAAGAUCACCCGAAAUUACCAAAAGGAAAGAUGAUUGGCGUAGUUGUUUUAGAUGGGUGGGGGGAAGCCUCUCCUGAUCAAUAUAAUUGUAUCCAUGUUGCUGAUACACCCACCAUGGAUUCCCUUAAAAAUGGUGCACCUGAUAGGUGGAGAUUGGUGAGGGCACAUGGUACGGCUGUAGGGCUUCCCACUGAUGAUGAUAUGGGAAACAGUGAAGUUGGGCAUAAUGCGCUUGGUGCUGGACGGAUAUAUGCUCAAGGUGCAAAACUUGUUGAUCUUGCCCUUGCCUCUGGAAAAAUAUUCGAAGAUGAAGGCUUCAACUACAUCAAGGAAUCUUUCGCAAGUAACACCUUGCACCUUAUUGGGUUACUGAGUGAUGGCGGUGUCCACUCUCGCCUUGAUCAGUUACAGUUGUUGCUCAAAGGUGCUAGUGAACGUGGUGCCAAGAAGAUACGAGUUCACAUACUUACUGAUGGCCGUGAUGUUGUCGAUGGUUCAAGUGUUGGAUUUGCUGAAACACUUGAUAAGGACCUUGCAGAUCUACGUGGAAAAGGCAUUGAUGCACAGGUUGCUUCUGGUGGAGGGCGUAUGUAUGUCACCAUGGACCGUUAUGAGAACGAUUGGCAAGUCGUGAAGCGUGGUUGGGAUGCUCAGGUCCUAGGUGAAGCCCCACACAAAUUUAAAAAUGUUGUUGAGGCUGUCAAGAAGCUACGGGAAGCUCCCAAUGCUAAUGACCAAUACUUGCCACCAUUUGUCAUUGUUGACGAGAGUGGGAAGCCUGUGGGUCCCAUAAUGGACGGUGAUGCUGUUGUCACAUUCAAUUUCCGAGCAGAUCGUAUGACAAUGCUUGCACAAGCUCUUGAGUAUGAGAAGUUCGAUAAAUUUGAUAGAGUGCGGGUCCCCAAAAUCCGAUAUGCUGGAAUGCUUCAAUAUGAUGGGGAGUUGAAGCUUCCAAGUCAUUACCUUGUUUCUCCUCCGCUGAUAGAGAGGACAUCUGGUGAAUAUCUUGUGAAUAAUGGUAUCCGCACCUUUGCUUGCAGUGAGACAGUCAAAUUUGGUCAUGUCACAUUUUUCUGGAAUGGGAACCGAUCUGGAUACUUCAAUUCAGAAUUGGAGGAGUACGUGGAAAUUCCAAGUGAUAGUGGAAUUACCUUUAAUGUCCAGCCAAAGAUGAAGGCUUUGGAGAUUGGUGAGAAGGCCCGUGAUGCUAUCCUCAGUCGCAAGUUUGACCAGGUAAGGGUGAAUAUACCAAAUGGUGACAUGGUUGGCCAUACUGGUGACAUUGAGGCUACUAUAGUGGCCUGCAAGGCUGCUGAUCAAGCUGUUAAGAUGAUCCUUGAUGCAAUAGAACAAGUUGGUGGAAUUUAUGUGGUGACUGCGGAUCAUGGUAAUGCAGAGGACAUGGUGAAGAGAAACAAGAAAGGGGAGCCAAUUGUUGACAAGGAUGGCAAAGUUCAGAUCCAAACAUCACACACUCUUCAACCGGUUCCGGUUGCAAUUGGAGGUCCUGGAUUAGCAGGAGGGGUGAAGUUUCGCAAGGACGUACCGAAUGGUGGACUAGCAAACGUAGCAGCAACAGUGAUGAAUCUGCACGGGUUUGUGGCUCCUGAUGAUUAUGAGACAACUCUUAUUGAAGUUGUUGAUUAAGCAGAAUGGUCGUAAACUUAAUUGGCUUAUAUUAUGAUUUGAUUUCAUCUCAUUGAUGAGGUUGAAGUUUAGUUUAACAAUACCACAUUUUGAAAACGUUAAUCUGAGUUUCCAGGAUUCAAAUAAUCGUGAAACUGUAACCAAACGAACGCAUGGUUUCGUCUUUAAGAAAAGGCAAACAUUUAAUCUUUCA